AUGCGCCUCAGCCUGUGCUCUUUUACGAGACCUCGUGAUGUGGGAGGAAUAGACGAUAUAAAGAAUCUCAAGCCGACUCCGCUCACGGAACACGAGUUCCUCCGAGCGCGAGAUAUCGUAAUUGCGAGCCAUGGUGACCCCAGCGCCCUCUACUUUCGAGCAAUCCAACUCGAAGAGCCCAAGAAGGCCGACCUUAUAGCAUACCUCGUUGCUGAACACGCUGGUGCACUUUCGGACAAGACGCCGAAGCCUCCCCGGUUGGCAAGGUCACUCUAUGAUGUGGUCAAGAGGGAGGGCCCUAUCACCUUCUUUCAGUACACUCAGUCCGUCGUGGAUCUGGUUUCUGGGCGUGAGAUAAGUCGAGAGGAAGCUCCGCCGGGGAGCAAUCCCGCAUUUACAGAGACUGAGUUUGCCGCCUUCCACCAGAACUGCAUCACGUCCCCUCGCUUCCAAGAAGCCAUGUCCGAAUUUGUUCUCCCGCCAAACUUCUCGAUCGUUAUUGAUCCUUGGCCAUACGGUGGACCGGAUGAUGCAGAUCCAACGGAUCGCUGGAUGCAAGGAUUGGUGUUUGCGCGCGAUAACUCGAGCGGCAACCCCGACGCAAACCACUAUGGCUACCCUAUACCCAUCAUCCCAGUCAUGGACUGGGUGACGAAAGAGGUCAUCCGAGUGGAUAGGCUAGCCACCACGGUCGAGCCAGGGUCGGACUACGUACCGGAGCUGUUGGGGACGCCGUUACGCAAGGAUAUGAAGCCGAUCAACAUCACACAACCGCAGGGGGCGUCCUUUUCUGUGCACGAGGACAAUCUUGUUGAGUGGCAAAAGCCCGUGCUCUACCGCCUGAGUUAUAGCGAGAUGGCCGUCCCUUACUCGGACCCCCGUUACCCCUUCCACCGGAAACAAGCAUUUGAUCUGGGUGACGGGGGCCAGGACAAUGGGAUCGGGUGGAAGCACACGAAUUUCCGGACGUCGCGGGCCGUAGUGACGAGGCUACGGGAGCUGGUUGUACAGUUUAUAGCGACGCUGGCCAACUACGAGUACAUUUUCAUGUUCAAACUCGACGUGGCUGGCAACAUCACCAUCGAGACGCGAGCGACGGGAGUGGUGAGCGUCGUCAAUAUCGAUCCGGCCAUCAAGACGGCGCCGUACGGGGUAGUUGUGGCCCCUUCGGUCUUGGCGCAGAACCAUCAACACAUUUUCGCCGUGCGGAUCGAUCCUGCAAUGGAUUCGUAUGCGCCAAGCGAUACGGUGGUGAUCCAGGAAGAAACGCUAGCGCGGCCUCAAAAUCCCAAGACCAACCCGCAGGGCAACCUCUACGCGAUUGAGAGAACUGUGAUAUCGCGGCCGACGGGCAUUUUUCCGAGCCCCGGAACAACAGAAUCGGACGGCGAGCUCUGGGCGGCUGGAGAGUACACGAACCAGAGCCGAGGCGAGGUUGGCGGCGUUGGCGACAUGGUGCUAAGGACGGAGGACGUUCUCGCGGAUGCCAACGUCGUAGGAGGCGAGGAUGCGGACCGCACGGGGAACCGGUGCAGCCCGGUUGUGUGGGCCGUCUUUGGAUUGACGCACAAUCCUAGAAUGGAGGAUUGGCCUGUCAUGCCGGUUGAAAUCCAUCAGAUCAUGCUCAAGCCCGUCGACUUUUUCACCUCGAACCCCGCCAUCGACGUGCCGUCCUCCAAGAAUGAGGCGAGCGUCAUGAAGAAGACGGACGGGGAUUUGAAGAAGAAGAAGAAGAAGAAGAAGAAGAAGAAGAAGAAGAAGAAGAAGAAGAAGAAGAAGAAGAGAUGGAAAGAAUGA